AUGCACCGCGUCGCGAUAAUAUGGGCAUUUGCGGUUCUCAUCGCCAACUCUUUGUCGGAUGACACUACGCCCAAGGCUGUCGUGAUUCCUGCAAGUGAAUACUUUGAAGGCAACGAUGGACCAUGGAGCACCUUCGACAUUCGAGUUGGCACAUCUGAACAAGACAUCAGAGUGCUCGUCUCAACCGCCUCCCCAGAGUCAUUGGUUGUCUUAUCAGAGUACGGCUGCUCGACGUCUGUAUUUGCUACAGUGCCCCCCGAUUGCGCAGUCUCAAGGGGUAACUUAUUCAACCUUAAUGAGUCUUCGAGCUGGCAUGAUGUGGGCACUUACGGGAUUAACCAAAAUGGAGUCGGUCUCGAAGCGAAUCUUGGAUAUGACCAGAGAGCGCAGUUCGGUUUAGAUCAUAUGGCAAUAGGUCUUACAGGACCUAGUCUUGACAACCAGACUAUCGCUGGCAUCGGGACACCAGAGCCUUUCUAUCUUGGGAUAUUUGGACUCAAUAGUCAACCAGUGAACUUCAGCUCGUUGGGCAAUUACUCAUCGCCCUCAUUUCUCACAACACUCAAAGAGGAGAAUAAAAUCCCGAGCUUGAGCUGGAGUUACACAGCCGGUGCUAAAUAUCGUCUGAAGCAAGUGUACGGCCAAUUGAUCUUCUCCGGGUAUGACACCUCGCGAUUUACGGAGAACGCGGUGUCUUUCACCAUGGCAGACGACGUCACCCGAGACCUAGUCGUUGCUCUUCAGUCUAUACGCUAUAGCGGAUCGAGUUCCGCUACUCUACUUUCCAACUCCAUCGACAUCUUCAUUGACUCGACCGACCCAAAUAUCUGGCUUCCGGGGGAUGUGUGUGACGCCUUUGAGAAGGCUUUCGGGCUGACACUCGACAGCAAGACUGGCUUAUAUUUGGUGAACGAGACCCAUCACAACACGCUACUCGACUCGAAUGCGGAGGUGUCCUUCAGGCUAUCUGACGUGAAGUCGGGAGGAGAUACAGUGACAAUAGUUCUCCCUUACGCGGCGUUCGACCUCACGGCAGAGUAUCCUUUGGUCGAUAAUAGCAGUUCCUAUUUCCCCCUAAAACGCGCCAGCAACUCAACGCAAUACACACUUGGGCGGACAUUUUUUCAAGAAGCCUAUCUCUCUGCCGACUACGAGCGCAAAGUGUUCAACGUGUCGGCGUGUGUAUGGAAUCAGGGCGCCAAGGAGAACAUCGUCACCAUCACAUCCACGGACUCCGAUUCAGCCACAGGUCGAGGUUCGUCUUCCUCAGGACACUCACACCUGAGUGGCGGAGCCAUAGCCGGCAUCGUGGUUGCUUGCGUGAUAGUCGGCAUCCUCCUUGCCGUAGCCAUCGCAUACGUGAUUCUCCGCAAACGAAGGAAGUGGAUGAAGGCAGGUUUCGCAGUCGCAGCACCCAAACCAGAGCCAGAUGAAUUCAUCCUCGACGGCCCGGUCUUCAAUUCCUCGCCUCAUUCGAUGGCAUUCAACUCCACGCCCAUGUCCGCAGCGGACAUCUCCGCGCCCAGGUCGACAGCGGAGUGCUCAAGAUCGGCAGCAGACUCUCCAGCGAGGCCGGACACAAUCGACGAGAAUGUCGCCGGUUCGUCUACACCCGAGUUGGACGGCCGUGAUACGCUCAUCAGACCGAACACGGAGCUCGAAGGGACGGAGAUACAGCCGGUCGCCAAGAAUCCGCUCGUCUACGAACUACCAGGCAGCGAAGUUGUGGGUGGCAGGGGUAGAGAGGCAGAGCCGGACCGGGCACCUUCCACAGUGGGUUCUUUGCCCUCCUGUGAUGAAAGAGAAGGGCGGAGCGAUUCCCCACCUUCACCAUUUGUCUCUACGCUUGGCACCUUCCGGGAACAGGAUGAGAGGGCGGAUUCCGAUCUUGUGUCCCCUACUACACCCACCCAUCAUGGAGCGCGACUGUUUUAA